AUGCAUUUUUCACUCUAUUUUCUCAUUCUGCUGUCCUUCCAAAUCUCCUUUCUUCUCGCCGCUGAUCAAAAAUUCAAAAUCGUCUGUUAUUUCACCAACUGGGCGAUGAAACGUCCUGGUGGAGGUUCAAUGCUACCAGAAGAUAUCGAUCCAUGUCUAUGUACACAUAUUAUAUAUGCUUUUUCCGAAAUGGAAAAUAACCAAUUGAUUCCCAUGGAAAAACAUGAUCUUAAAGAUGGAAGUCAACCAGGCUUUUUCGAACGAUUCAAUGCUUGGAAAAGUGUCAAUAAGAAUUUGAAAACCUUACUUGCCGUCGGUGGUUGGGAUAUGGGAAUGAAAGAUUUUGCAGGUAUUGUUAAAUCUGAGAAAACAAUGAAGAAGUUCGCUGAGUCAGCAGUGAAAUAUUUACGAAAACACAAAUUCGAUGGUCUGGAUCUUGAUUUCGAAUAUCCUGGUGUCGAUUGGAGAGAUAGUCCUAAAGAAGAUAAACAACGCUUUACCAAAAUGUGUGAGAUUUUAUAUGCAACAUUCGAAAAAGAAGCAGAAACAACUGGAAACGAACGUCUUCUUCUUACUGCUGCUGUGGCAGCUGCGAAAGUAAAUAUCGAUAAAGCAUACGAAGUGGAUAAACUUGUUCCAGUAAUCGAUUGGUUUAAUUUGAUGACUUAUGACUUUCACGGUUCAUGGGAUCAAAACCGAGCCCAUCAUUCUUCAUUGAACAUCGAAAUGUAUCUUUGGCAGGAUUUCGCUGUUAAAUAUUUCCAAAAAUUAGGUAUGCCACCAAGCAAAAUGAUGUUAGGUAUGGGCACAUACGGCCGAGGUGAUACACCGGCAAUGCCUUACACAGGAUUUAAAGGUGAAAAUGGAUUCGUUUCCUACUAUGAAAGCUGCAUUCAAAUUGUUUGUGAAAAAAUGAAAGAAACUUGGGAUGCUAAACAACUUGUUCCGUACAUCGCUGGACCGUACAAUCAACCAAAGGCUGGCGUAGAAAAUGUUCGUAGUAUGAAAUAUAAAGCAAAUUAUGUUAAACAAAAUAAUUUGGGUGGAGCAAUGAUUUGGACAUUGGAUAUGGACGAUUUUCGAGGUCAAUUUUGCUGUCAGGGAAAAUUUCCGUUGAUCAAAACGAUCAAAGCUAUUCUACAUGGACAAGUGAAGUUAUUGCCAAAAGAGAAAAUCUGCUCAACUUGUCCAACAAAAGAAUACAAAGACUUCAAACCACAAACUCAACCGCAGACGACUGAAAAACCAACGAAAAAACCAAAGAAAUCCAAACGUGAUGCUGAUUCGCCAACACCGGAAGAUGUAUGCGAAGAAUUGAAAGAUGGACAAUGGCCUGAUCCAUCUGAUUGCAAGAGUUACUUUCUAUGCCGAGGGGUUGGUAGCCAAUGGGGUGAACAAAAACGCGAAGUUUGCUAUACAGGCGCUUAUUUUGAUCCAAAUGAAAAAACUUGCAAAUGGGUUGGCAUGGAUAAAUUGAAUUGCGAAGAACUUGUUGAGGGUUACGAAAAUCCAGUAGCUGGUGUGACACGAUCUGCAGACAAAGGCGACGAUGAUGGGGAUGAUGAUGGUGAUGAUGAUGAUGACACUUCUCACGAUGCAGGCACAUCGACGAAAAAGAAGAAAUCGAAGGAGUCUGCAUCCAGCAAAUCCAUAUCAAUACUCAGUCGUACGACGUCCGAGUUCGACACCUGCGCAUCAGAAAAAGCGGUCGACUUCGAUCCUGUGCAAGGUAUGCUAUGCUACUCUUGCGACAGUCAGAAGGAGAACAGCGAUUGUCAAAUGAGUCCCAAUCAGACGGCGACGAUCAUGUGCGAAACGAAACAACAAAUUUGCUACAGCAAAAGAACAACAAACACCGCAGGAAAACUACUACAGUUCAGUCGGGGUUGCACAGCACCUCCAACAUCAGCGUCGGGCAAUACUACCCAUCAAGCACAAUCAAAUGGUGAAAUGGAUACCAUGUCAUUGAUUAUUCUUUUGGGUGUGAUCAUUCCGGUAGUGGUGGCUAUUGUUAUUUGUAUUCUUAUGUAUCAUUCUGGUCAGCAGCAGUAUCCCAAACCGCACCGACUAACAAACUCGAUCGGUCGUUUUCGUUGUCCGCGCGAUCGGAUCGUUCGGGAAAACUGUACAAUCGAUGUAGCAACUGUUUACCGCAAUCAACAGCAGCAUCGACUACGUGAACGUUCCCCAAACUCGGAACAAUCUCCGCCCUCGUACACUAGUUCAAUGUAUCAAACAAGACGAGAACAAUUACCGUUAUUUUCAUCGAUUCACCUAAUACCGACUAUACACGCGACAGUGCCAAUAGACACACCGCCGCGUGCAUACUCAACGAUGCCACCGACAUAUUCCGAAAUCUUCUUAACACCUCAAACAACAAUGAAUGGAUGA